UCUCGUUAUGUCGCCGCCAUUUUUGACCCACAAAUAAUAAAAACAAAUAUAUUGUUUUUGUCAAGAAGUUGCCAAAGUGUAGCCAUCCAUUAGGAAUUAUCACCAGCACAUUUUCAGAGUAACUCUUUUGACAUCGUCUUUGCCAGAUGUCGCUCGUGUAUCUCGGGAAGCGGCUGCUGGAGGCCGCGCGGGCCGGACAGGAUGAUGACGUCAGGACCCUGAUGGCCAACGGGGCUCCCUUCACGACAGAUUGGCUGGGCACCUCGCCGCUGCACCUCGCCGCUCAGUACGGCCACCACUCCACCGCCGAGGUGCUGCUGCGCGCCGGCGUCAGCAGGGACGCCCGCACCAAGGUGGACAGGACCCCGCUGCACAUGGCCGCCACGGAGGGCCACUCCAGCAUCGUGGAGCUGUUAGUGCGCAGCGGCGCCGACAUCAACGCCAAGGACAUGCUGAAGAUGACGGCGCUGCACUGGGCGGCUCAGCACGGCCACAGGGAGGUGGCCGAGCUGCUGCUGAGGUACGGCGCCGACGUCCACUCCCUCAGCAAGUUUGACAAGACGCCCUUCGACAUCGCCAUGGAUACCAGCAACACCGAGCUGAUGAUACUGCUACAGGACGGCAUGCAGAACCAGGUUAACAUGAACCCACAGCACCAGUACAUCAUCCCCGCUGGCAGGGUGCUCAACCUCUCAGAUCUGGUCACCAACACCAAGACCAGCACAGGAAAGUCAGAGGACGCCAUCGCUGCUGAGUCGGUGGACACGGCUCUUCAGCAUAUGGUGGGCGACGGGAGUCAGAGGGUCAUCACCAUAGUGACGGACCAACACGGCAACCUGCAGCCUGCCAGCUUCGGCCAGCAGUUCUUCGUCACUAUGCAGGGGCAGCAGAUGGUGGCUUUGCCGGCCUCUGCCAUAACGGAGGAGGUGGUGGAGGAGGAGCCUCAGCUGGCCCCGCCCACAUGCAAGAAGAAGACAGGCCCCGCCGCCAAUCACAUCGCCUCCAAAGACAAGAAGGGCAAAGACAGCCGCGAGCUGCUCCAGCGGCAGCUGCAGGAGGCUAACCGGAAAGCCCAGGAGUACCGACAGCAGCUCCUGCAGAAGGAGCAGGAGGCUGAGCUGUACCGCCUCCGACUGGAGCAGGCCAUGGCCGUCAGCAACAGCAUCGACACCGACAUCACCACCGGCACCGCCGCCACCGUGACCGCUGUCACGAGAAGCAGCCUGAAGGAGGUGGUGGGGGAGCAGCUGGAGAUUGCAGAAGGAGCCGCGGUGCAGGAGAGCGCAGAGGACAGAGUGGGAGGAGGGGGGAGGGAGGAGGGAGAGGAGCGGGUCGUCGGUGACCUUCCGGACGAUGCCAUCCUGGUGAACGAGGGCGAGCUGGACGUGACGGAGCACGACCAGCUGGGGGUCGAGGGCACCGAGGGAACAGACGUGUCUCCAGGCAAGACUGCUGCCUCCAGGCAGAGCCGGGGGAGGGGGAGGGGGAGGGGCAGAGGGAGGCGCAGACGCUAGCCCGCACUUUUUAUAGACAUUAAUUGUAAAUUCAUGGCGCUGAUUUUAUGCUUCUUUAUUCCCUCUUUUUAUAUGAAGGCUUUUGUAGAACAUUUUGUAGAAUAUGGUCAAAUGAUGAAGACAUUAACUUGGUUACCGUGUUUGCAAAUGCACACUGAGCCUGGAGAGAGAGGAGACUCUGAUGGCACUCAAUUCCUCAUCGCCAUAUCUUUUUUUGUUUGUUUGUUUGAAUGUUUGUUUAUCCAUAAACCCCCCUCUAAUUUUAUGAGCAACAACUUUUAUGAGCGAGGCAGAAAGUUCCCAGCUUGGAUGAGGUUUUAACUUCUUCACAGGCCAACCAGCAACACAAAUGAAACCUGAGAUCAGUGAAGAAAAGCCGAUCCCACAUCGGUUACAUUUUGAUGUCAUUUUCUCACACAUGAAUGUUGACCAGAGUCUCAUCAUUUCCAAUCAGGUACUUUUUGCUGUUUAGUUAGCAUUAUCAGUAUCAUUAGCUGUGUUUUCAAUGCACAUUUUUGCAAAGUUUCACCCCCUGUAGCUCAGAAACUGCAGUAAAUUUUGUGAAGAGCAGCGAUGGAGAAGAAGGGGGCGGCAGAUGGAGGAGAGGCUGUCACAUCCAUCUGAUCAGAGUCAAACUAAAGUGCGACACUACAGAAUAUCGAGUGAUGUUAUACUUUUGAUAUUUAACCCCGGAGAAAGAGAAUCGCUGCUUCGCCACCUAAAACAUCGGCACUUCAACAAAUGCACUUACAUGUGGAUGUCACAUUUAGUAUCACUGGCAUCCGUCUCAAACAACACCCACGUAUCAGUUUAACGCUUACACUGCAAAAACUCAAAAUCUUACCGAGAUUAUUUGUCUUAUUUCAAGUCAAAAAUGUCUUAUUCCUAGACAAAAUAUCUCAUUACACUUAAAAUAA